GCCAAUCAUCCAUGUAAACGGAAGUAAACGACCAAGAACAAUUUUCACGUUAGCGUUUUUAUUUAGACGUUUAUUAACACCAUGGAUCUAAGAUUAUGACUAAUUUAACUGCACAGCAUCACAUAUUUACCCCACGUAGUAUUUAAUUCGCGUUGGAUACCAGUCUUGGUUGAUAUACGUUAUCUAGGUAAUGCUAGUUAGCUGCUAACGUUAGCUACAAUGGCUAACUCUAACUGUAUGGUUUUUCACACUCAAAUAGCCUCCAUCAUGGAGGUGCUAGCGAAUGCAGCCGUGGCAGAAAUCUGUAAACUCGUAGACGACGACUAUGCAGUGUUUCGAUUGGAAAUCACUCAAAGCCAGAAAGAAAACAGGGGAUUGCGGAGGAAACUACAACUACUGGAACUGAAGGUGGCACGGGAGCGCGUCGUUGCCAGUCGUCCCAGUAGUGUCAAGAUCCUCGACCGAUACAGAGGAAUGGCAAGAGGUGAAGGACAUUUCACUGGAGGCCACAGGAGCUUUGUGAAGCCAGCGGGACACAAUACACGGGGAGAUAACCAACCAAUCACUGUUGAUGAGGGGAGUGGAACCACAACCCAGCAUGUUAUCGUGAUAGAGUCUACAGAUGCAGAGGCUGCAGGUCCUGGGGUUAAGCAGGAGAGGUCUGAAGGAGAGGAUGACCUACGGCACAGCAGAGACAUCCAGACUGGAGAGGCGGCUGUAGCCAUGGAGGACACCGCCCCAGCGCAGCCCAGGACCCGGCGCAGUAUCACGGAGGAGGGUCCAGAGGUGCUGCUGGGGAAGGAGGAGGGUCUGGGGAACCCUGAGGAGAACAUGGUCAUGGAGGACAACCAGACUACACCUCCUCCUGAACCCACAGAGGAACCGGCUGAGCAGCACAGGACCACACACAGUCUUACUGAGUCAGUAGACAUGGAGGAUGGGAAGCCUGAUCUGCUGCUGGUCAAAGAGGAAACAAUAGAAGAUGAACCAGAGAGCAUUGAUCUGCUGAGUGGACUAAAGGUGGGGGAACAAGGUGGUUGGCUGGAGGCUAACAGAGGAGAAUGGGUGGCCAUUUUGGAUUCCCAGACCCAGACGGGUGCAGCCAAGGGCCCAGUGAACAACAUCACCGAGCAGGCCUGGCCCAGAGGUGACAUAGUGGAGGUCAGGGGAUGGGACAGCGUCCUCAACUCUGGGCUGGGGAACAACACUGUUAACCACAACCAGAAACAGACAGUCGAACCCAAAACAACAUCUGAACAUAGUCUCCAUGACAACAGACUGGCUGAGACCAGGGCGAGCCGUAGAUUUGGUCUGCGGGGACAGGAAAGGGAACGUAUGCGGCGGGAGAGUACAGACUUGGCUUACGAUGCUCCGUCCUGCUCCUAUAAUUGUGAUUCAGAGAGACUGAUCGCGCCUCAUGUUGACCCCCUAACAGGUGCUUCCUUCAGUCUGCCUUCUAUAGGAUCUAUCAACUGUAAUAUGGAUCCUGCGAUAACACAGACACUCCCUGGCCUUAAUCCUCCUCACACUCUCCUUAUGUUAAACCAGACCUCAGACAAUGCCAAUGCCUCAACACUAAAUAGCUACACAAGCCCAUUGACAAAUGACAGUAGUGGAGAUAGAAUCAGUAAAGGUGGUGGCGCCAAAGAGAAGCGCUUCCCGUGUUCGUUUUGUGGGAAAGCCUUCAGUUUCCCCCAACAGGUGGAGAUUCACCAGAGGGUGCACACGGGGGAGAAACAAUUCAGCUGCCACCUGUGCCAGGCCAGUUUCUCUCACUCCUUCAGCCUGAAGAGGCACCUGAGAGUCCACACAGGGGUGAAACCCUUCAGCUGUACCCAGUGUCACAUGCGCUUCGCCCAGGCUGGUCACCUGAAGAGGCACCAGAGGGUCCACACAGGGGAGAAACCCUACAGCUGUACGCAGUGUGAGAAGAGGUUCUCCCGCCAAGACCAGCUGAAGAUGCACCUGAAGGUCCACACAGGAGAGCGGCCCUUCGCCAGUACUCACUGUGGGAAGAGGUUAUCAGAGAGGAGCUACCUCAGGAUACACCAGCAGAAAAAACAUUCCACUCUAACAUAAUAGUAACCAUUCCCCUGGAUAGCUUCUGAUAUUUAGAUCAAACCCAGCAUUAAAGUCAAAUAUACAUUUUCAUUGUUGUCAGCAGAAAAGACCUACAGAUGACCCACAGAUUUCAGUGUUUAAUAUUCCUGGGUAGAAUAUUUCAUUCAGACAUUGUGUGACAUAUAUGCCUUAAGUCUAAAAAGUAUGUUACAUAUUGACAGUUUAGGACUAUAAUGUUCUAUCUGCAAAAAGAUGAUUCUGAGAUAAUUGGCUUUAUAUUUCUGAACCCUCAUUGGUUUGAAUGGUGUCAUCUAUUUUUAUCUUGUAUUCUUUUUAACUAAACAUGAAUUGUGUUAUUAAGAGUACUAAAUAGGUGGAUAACAGAACAAGGCUAUAUCAAUAACACAAUUUUGAAAAAACAUUCAGAUAGAACCAAAGCUCGUGAUUUUGUUUGUAUCCGGGGCAAAUCUGGUGCUUUUAGAUAGAAUGCAAGCUAUAUUAGAUCAAAUCCAGCCAGGAACUUUUUUUAGGGCAGGUGACCCACAUUACAAGUUCGAUAAGAUUAACAGACAUAGUAAUAAAGAGGCUGGAAUGAGUCAUCGCUACAAAUAAUUUACAGUACACCUAGAGAUUACUAUUCCCAACUAAGACUUACUUUUUUUUUCUCAAAGUAAGAAAAGCUAUUCAAGAAUUGACCAUUUUUAUUCCCAAAAAUGCACUAUAUAGUGAUAUCGGAUCGUUGUCCGGUAUCAUGCCUAAUUACACCAACAGAAAAUACACUUAGCGACAGAAUCUGUAGAAUGAACAGAGUGCAUCUUCUGGACCCGGAAUGUAUUAAAUACCUAAAUGAAACCAUUAAAAAAACAUUACCAAUUUAGAAAUAGCAGACAAAGAAAAGCCGACCCCCAAUAUAAUUUGGGAUGCCUUUAAGGCGUACAUUAGGGGAAUGAUAAUCUCAUACUCGGCAAAAGUUCAAUCUGAUUUAGUGACUUUUUCUUUCAUUUUAAUUUCUAUCUUAGAAAAAGCCCAUAGAAAUCUUUACAAGUUAAACAAGAAAGACAUUUCUGAACUUAAUUAGGAAUACGAUCUUAUAUUUUUGAAGAGAGCCAACAACUACAGGUUAAACUCAAAUAAAGCAUACUACUUAAUGGCAAAUAAAUAUGGUAACUAUCUGGCAGCUCUCACAAAACUCUACAUUUAUGUUUUAAAAGAUACAAAUGCGGUAAUUAGAAACAGUGCGAUUAAUGACCAUUUUAAAAGCUUCUAUGAAAAUGUAUAUAAAUCCGAAUGAAAAAAUAGUUGGACGGAUCCUCUAGCCUUAGACUCAAGAAUCCUGAAGCAAUUAUCAGCAGUCAAAACAAUCACUAAAAACAGAUCACCCAAAAAUAAAUAUUGGAUACUAUUAAAACAUUAGCAUGGAGAAAAGCACCAUUUUAGGGCAAAGUACACCUAUUUACACAAAUGACAACACUCGUCGCUCAGUACAUCCUAGUUCCAUGUAUCAAACUGUUAUUUCAGAUAUAAUAAAACCAGGAAAAUCUGGAGAGUCCCCUGCUGAUUAUAGACCCAAAAGCUUAAUAAAUUGUGACAAUACAAUAAGUGCAAAUGCUUAUAAGCAUUAGCAUGGCAAAAGUCUUACUAGACUUGAUACAUAUCAAACAGGGUUUAUUAAAAAUAGACAAACAAAUACAAGGACAUGUUUAAUGCAAUAUGCAAAAAAACUAGAUAAAUAUUUAUCAAUAAUGGCUGUUGAAGCCGAAAAGGCUUUCAACCGUCUUAAAUUGCAUAUUCUAUUCAAAACUUUGCAAGCUUUCAAUUUUCCAGCUGAGAUGAUACAUUUAAAUAAAUUAAAUCAAUGUCAUGAAUCAAAAAUACAUUACCUGAUGAAAUUGCUUUAGAAAGGGGCACAAUACCCAGAUCAGACUGGCUUCAUAAUUAAUAGAUUGUCCUCCAAUAAUUUCAGAAGGUUCUUUUGAUAUAAUUCACCUUGCUAACAAAAACAAAAUACCUAGUGUCGCAGUCUCCUUCGACACUGAAAAGGCCUUUGAUAGGGUUGAAUUGACAUACCUCUUUCGCGUCUUGGAAAAGUUCGGUUUAGGUACCGUGUUUGUAAAUUUGAUAAAAUCACUCUACAAAUCUCCUAAAACUAGGAUUGCUACCAAUGGGAUUACUUCCUCCUCUUUCCCUCUUUAUAGGGGGAACAGACAAGGUUGCCCAAUUAGCCCCCACCUCUUUGCCCUUGUCAUCGAACCGUUGGCUGAGGCUAUUAGAACGUGCCCUGAUAUACAUGGCUUUGAGGUGGGCCCCCAUACCCAUAAAUUAUCACUCUUUGCGGACGACCUUAUCUUAUUUCUAACAAACCCAGAACACUCCCUCUCUCACUUGCAGAUCCUACUACAGUGUUAUAGUUCUUUCUCUGGAUAUAAGGUAAAUUUUGAUAAAAGCGAAAUCUUACCAUUGUCUGUCUUUGACCAUCAUACCAUCAAGCACAAGUUUCCUUUUAGAUGGUCGCCUAUGGGCUUCACAUAUUUGGGCAUAAUGGUGGAUGGUAAUCUGAACAACCUCCUUAACUAAAUCUGGCCAGUUUGUUGCAAAAGGUGGAGGGUGACCUUUGUAAAUGGAUGGACUUACCUCUCACUCUACUGGGUAGAAUCAAUGUAAUUAAAAUGAAUGUCCUGCCCAGAUUUCUAUAUCUGUUUCAAUCUCUCCCUAUCCCUGUUCCCGCAGCAUUUUUUUUCAGACGUUUUUUCUGGCACGGCAAAACCCUUAGGGUUGGCCUGGAUAAACUGACCCUUAAUUACAGUCAAGGGGGCUUAAACCUCCCCAAUUUUAGAAUGUACUACUGGGCUGCACAUUCUAGGUUUCUGGCGCAGAGGUUUGACAAUGGUCCCUCUCCCUCAUGGGUGAACAUUGAAAAGAUUGAGGUAAAUGAUGACACUGGGGCAGAAUUGUUUUACUAAUGGGACAGAAAAUCUAUAAAAACCAUCACAGACAACCCUUUAAUCAUACAUUCUGUCCUGGCAUGGUGCAAACUGUAUGAGCUGUUUGGACGAGGGGGAUUCCUUUCCCCUAAAACCCCCUUUAUGGAACAAUAGAUUGAUUCCUAUGUUUUUCCAGAAUAGUAACUUUAGACCAUGGUCUGAUAAGGGGAUCACUCUUUCUGGAACAUUGUUACGAGGAGGGAGUUCUUAUGUCUUUUGAUCAGCUGAAACAGAAAUACCACUUGCCUAACAGGGACUUCUUUAGCUACCUACAACUACGAAACUUUAUUAGGGUGACUCUCAAGGGACAAUGGAACCUACCUAAGAUGUCACCUAUUGAACAACUCUGCCACGCAGACCAACCACUGUUCAAGACCAUUUCCCGUGUAUACGAUGCUCUUAUGUCAGGACUAACACUGCCUGGGCUAGAUAAACCCCGACUUAGAUGGGGAAAAAGAUCUGGGUGUUGAUCUUGAUGAGGGUCUAUGGAGUGACCUAUGCAGGGAUGGUGUUACAUCCACAUUGAACUCCAGAUACAGACUGAUCCAGUUUAAUUUCCUCCAUCAGCUCUAUAUCACCCCAUCUAGACUGCGCAAGUUCAACCCAGAUAUCUCCUCCCUAUGUUUUAGAUGUGGCUCAGAUGAAGGAACAUUCCUCCAUUCCACUUGGCAGUGUUCAAAACUACACGGUUUCUGGCAGGGGGUAUGCGAUACCAUAUCCUCAAUUCACGGGGUUGUAUUCCCUUUAGACCCGGAGGUCUGUCUACUGGGUAACUUUACUAACACCAAUCUUAGGCAAAGCCAUACUAUAAAGCAAACAUAAAUAUUGCUAGAGAUUGCCAAGAAAUGUAUUGCCAAGAAAUGGAAAUUGGAUUCCUCCCUGGCAGUUGCAAUGUGGCUAUCUGAAGUUAAUAGUUGUAUGCCUUUGGAGAAAAUCACUUACUGCUUGAGGAAUAAGUUAAAGACAUUUUACAGAAUUUGGCAAACUUUUAUUGACAAUAUGGAGAAUCUCCCCCCACAUCUCAUUGAUUGAAUCUCUAUAUAAUCCUCACGUAAUGUUUCACACGUAAUGUAUAAUAUGUAGCCUACGGCAGGUGAUCCAAUGUCUCAUUAUUUUUUUCUUAUUGUAUGUUUGUAUAUUUAAUUAUUUUUAUUUUUUUGUUACGCUCGUCUGUUACUGUCACUUUGUCCUAUCGUUGUCUAUCUUUUCACUUUUAUUUUGAAUGUUCUUAAUUGGAAAAUGCAAAAAUAAAAUAUAUAAAAAUAUUUAAAAAAGAAAGGGGCACUAUAUCUCCCCCAUCCUGUUGACGGAAUUAAAAAUAAACUUAAGUUACAUAUCACAAUAAUGUUUGGGACAUCAGAGAAACCUUGGGGGAAUCUUAUUUGAGUCAGAAAAGGGUGUUCAUAUGAUAAGAUACACAAAACCUUGCAGAGAGCAUAUCCAGCUGACAAUCUCUUAGAAACAAAUAUAAACUAUGGGAACCAAGACUUAAAAAUAACUGAUGUUGGCACAAGAUGGAGGGAAUGUUGGUGCAUAACUAAUUAAAUUACAGUUAACAAAUGUACACUUAAUCCAGUAUAAACUAAUGGAUAAAUUGUACUAUGCAAGAGACAAAAUUCACAAAUGACUCAAUAAUCCAUGCUUUCUGGGAAUGCUAUGACGUCCAAAAGUUAUGGGCUGAGUUAGAAAGUUGGCCGUCAGAAGUAUUACAAUGGUAAUUUAAUUUUUAUCUGUCAAAUUUCAAGACAUGGGAUAUGGUGGUGUAGUGAGAGACCCAUAGGGCUGGACGAUUCUCCUCUCAUCACUCAUCUUGAAAAAAUAUAUACGAAAAAAAAACCUGGAAAUCAAUCAAUCCGCCAUCAUUACACAUUGAAAUAGCAUGGGUGACCUAGAAAAACAAAUUGGUACAAUUUAAGGCCAAUGUAGCAAACAACAAUGCCGGCACUAGGGAUGGGGGUGUGAGCAUGUGCGUCUCGGCAGAUGAGCUGUAGUCGUUUUUGGGUGCGUCUGUAAGUUGUUGUUAAUAUGUGUAUGUUUGUAUUUGGUGUUGGGGAAAAUACACAAAUAUACAGUACCCUCAAAGUAUUCACACCCCUUGACUUUUUCCACAUUUUUAUUGUGUUAAAGCAUGAAUUAAAAAUGAAUUACAUUGAGAUGUUUUUGUCACUGGCCUACACACAC